AUGUCUUGUCUACCAACAUUGAAUAACGACUCCAUAAACAUCAUCACCCAUGAGAUGAAGCUGAUGGUAAAGAAGAUACAAGAUCUGCGGCACAUUGGAAUCGAAGAUAGCCAGAUCGCCCUUCCCAGAAUCUGUGUCAUUGGCGAUCAGAGUGCGGGCAAGAGUUCUCUUAUAGAAGGUAUGAGCGAGAUCAAAGUCCCUCGGGCGGCAGGCACCUGCACUCGAUGCCCGAUGGAGAUUAACCUCGCCGAGAGUGAACCGGAUCAACCGUGGACGUGCCGUGUCUAUUUGUCAAGGAAGUAUAUGUACGACAGUCAGCACAAGGUGGACAAGGUGUCGAAGAAGUCGCACCCUUUCGGUCCGUGGCAUGAGCAAGAGCAAGAAGAUGAGCUUUUCAUCACCUUGUGCGACAGAGACGAUGUUGCAGAGGCCAUUCGAUGGGCUCAACUGGCCAUUUUGAAUCCCCACAAGCCUUCAGAUGAAUAUAUCCCCGGGAAGAAUGCUGUGACAGACGCCAAUUACUAUCAUGUCAAAUUCUCUCCGAAUGUGGUACGACUGGACAUCUCAGCUCCUGGCUUCCCAAGCUUGUCAUUCUACGAUCUACCCGGGGUGAUAAGUCAGGCUGAGCAUGAGAAGGAUCGAUACUUGGUUGCUAUGAUCGAGAAUCUUGUCAAAGACUACAUCACCCAGGCUAAUUGUAUCGUGCUUCUGACUUUGCCAAUGACCAACGAUGCGACUAAUUCUAGCGCUGCUCGCCUGAUGAGAGAGGUGAAGGGUGCGAGGAAUAGGACUUUGGGGGUCCUCACUAAGCCCGACCGUAUCCAGUCAGGGGAGGGAUAUGAGCAAUGGACUGAGAUUUUGGAAGGAGACAAAUUCAGAUUAGGCCAUGGCUACUACGUGAUCCGCAAUGAUCCAGAUCCAGAGGUAGGGCAUGCUCAAGCACGCCAAGAAGAGGACGCGUUCUUUGCUUCACAUCCGUGGGCCACACAACUUGCAGUGUUCCAAGAGAAAUUCGGAACCAGAAAGCUGCAGACAGCGCUCUCGAGCCUCCUGUUGGACCAGAUCCAGAAAUGCCUUCCAAAGGUGAUUGAACAAAUCGAAGCGAAAUCUCGACGAAUUGACUUUGAGCUCCAAACUUUACCAGAUCCCCCUUCAGCGAGCAGCCCGUUUGUUUUGUGUCAAAUGCUCAACAAGUACAGAGAGCAUGUACAAGCGCAUAUGGACGGCGGUUCGGCAGAGUAUCCCCUCUUGACACUAUGGUCACGCCUGGCGAACCAGUUCAAAAGGAUACUGACACAGACUCGGCCAGGUGUAAGUGUGCUCUCACAAGCUGAGAUACAUGAGCAAACGAUGUGCAAUCAAGAAAACAACGGCUCGGAUAGCGAAGUGACUAUUGUCGAGAAUCCAAGGAAGCGCAAGGUCACCAGUCAGUGUGCUACACCAGACGCUAAGAGGUUUACACCAGACCCAGGAAGAACCAUUCCGGCUUCGCCUUUUGAUAAGCUCAGCCGCGAGACCAAGAGAUUCACCUGGGAAGAGAUUCGCGAAUGCAAUGAAACUGCGUCCCGAGGGUGUCUUCCAGACCAGAUCGAUCCGAAGGCAAUCGAGAUACUGAAUCAGCGCAGCGUGGAACACUGGAAAGCACCGAUGAUUGUAUUUCUGGAUGAAACGCAUGACCUUGUGAGGAAGAUACUCAUGAAACAAGUAGACGAGGUCUUCUUGCAGUACCAACGGACGAACCUUUAUCGCGAGAUACGUCGAAUUGUGGAACAGUAUCUCCAGAAGCUGCAAUUGGAGCACAUCAGCUGGGCGGAGGAGAUCUACGAGAUGGAACACAACAAGCCUUUCACCAUGGAUAGAUUGGCGCUGGAGCAAGCCACCAAGAAUGGGUUCGAAGUUUUGGUACGCGCCCGUAACGAACGUCGCUACUCACUGUAUCAAGACCAGGUUGGCAGGUAUCCUAAGGGAGAUCCUCGCCGAGAUAACGAGCUCAAGACUAUGUUACUAAAACCGCAGGAGAUGGCGCACCAACUUGGCCCGGACCCGUACGCCCAGGAGGUCAGGAUAAUGGCGUCAACACGAGGCUACUAUGAUGUUGCUAGCUCUAGAUUUGUUGACUUGAUAUGUCAAAGCGCGCAUAGCAAGCUUUUCUCUAAGUGUCGCGAUCAGUUGAUUGAGGAGGUUCAACGAGAGCUGCACAUCGAUGAUCAUGACCUGGUAGAAAGAUGCUGCGAGCUCAUGGCAGAGGAACCAGAGCGUCAACUUCGCCGGGUUAAUCUGCAGCGCGAGAAGGAGAAGAUUAACAAGGCGCGAACAUGGUUGUCUGCCAACAAAAAGGAUGAAAUCGAAGAUGUGUAUGACAACAUGACAGUCAAGUCACAGCCGGUGGAUGACUGGGCCCCUUAUGUCUCGACUAUGGACACGUCUGCUUGAGGUGCACAGGCAAACGCAUGGAUGGCAGGAGAGCUCU